AUGGCAAACCGCUACUCGACGUACUCGAACAACUCUUCGCAAGUUGGUGCUGCCAGAACAGCAGCCCAACAGCCUACCCAAGUCUCGACUACUACGCUUCUCAACUCCCUACACACAAUUUAUGCCUCCGGCCAAACAUACCAACUCGACUCGAGCACGAGCAUUGCGGUCAACACGUGGCUGAGUGUGAUCAAUCCUGAUGCCCAAGGACGGAUUGGAGGUACUGUCGACGCGGAUAUCGCUUCAAGAGCUUGGGAACAUGCCAGACGAAGAGCCGAGGAUGGAUGUAUCAUUUUAGGAUCUCUGCAUCCGUCGACACCCUCGCUGUUCCAAGCAUUUCUUCAAGUUAUACCUCUGCCCACUCCAGAGAUCGCAUACACUGCUCUAACGGCUUUGCGCCCUUUCCUCUCCUGUGUCACACCCCUCAAUCCGACAACCUAUAGGCACUCCUCUCUUGCUGCCAAGUAUACCGUCGCUCUGAAUGGGACAGUCACGGGAUUCACCCUUGCCCUGUCUGGCUCAGGGAUUGACGUGGAAAAGGGCCUGCUGACGAUUCCCUCUGAGCCUGGCCAUCGCGCCUUUGACGUCUUCUACUACCUCUUGACAUCAGCAUCCACUCCUACUGAGCGGGAAUUCCUGGGUCUGCAACAUCCUUCCAAGUACACCCUCUUAAAUAGAUCUGGAUAUUACGAUCCGCCCAACUAUCUUCCAUCAGCUGAUGACGCAGCAGCCGCUGAAGACUUCCGCUCCGCUUUGAAGUCGAUUGGCAUCAAGGGCGCGGCUUUCCGUGGGCUUCUGUCGUGCCUAGCCGGACUGUUGAAGCUGGGUGAGACGACUGGGUUCCUGGUUGACUCCGACGUCCUCGAGGAAAUAUGUGAGGAUGUAGGCGGCCUGAUCGGUCUGGAGCCCGAAGUCCUCAUUAAGAAGUGUUCCACAGAAGAUCGUGAAGUCUUGAUCGCAGGCAUGUACGAAGCUCUGGUGGACUGGGUCCUUUCAAAGGCCAACGAUGCUAUUGCCGCCGAGUUACGCUCCGGCGCUCUCACGCCUGACUCUAGCACCAAGACAGGUGAUGAGGUCAGUCUCACGGUCAUCGAGAUCCCUGGCGAGCCGCUCGGAAAAGCUGUGGCUAUGCGAAAUGUUUUCGACGAUACCCAGGGGAUAAACGCCGAAAUGAAGGACGAUGGUGUUGAGGUUGUACCUGCCGGCCACUCCGUUCUCAAGGAAAUGACCUCUGCCGUCGCGGAGGUGGAAGCUGACCUAGGUAUCAAAGGAGGACCGCUUAGUCGGGAAAGAGAGCACGACCGGGAUCGCAGGGAAGGCAUCCUGGAAAGAAUCGGUAACGAGGCCGAGGCUGGAGGCUUCCUUCGCACUUUACUCUACCCCGUUGAUGGCGAGGGCCUGAAUUUUGGCCGAAAAGGCCGCUUUGACCUGGGGGCUACUCUUGCCAGCAGUAGAGCAUGGUACCAGCUCUCUAUCCAUCCCACCGAUGAUGCACCAAGUUCGUUGGCUGCACUGGCUUCGACGACUUCCGCCUGGUCUGCGGGAGCGGUAUCAAGACAAUUGCGAGCAUGGAGACUUCCUGAAUGGGCCAACCACCGCAACCGGCGGCUCGACUUCACGGCUGAUUUUGAUGUCGAGGAGUUCGUGACAAGGUACUCCAGACUCGGCUGCAAAGAUGGCAAAGAUGGGAUAGAAAGCUUCUUGCUCGAAAGAGGCUGGACAAAUGGAGAAGUCAUCAUUGGGCGAGAACGGGUCUGGAUGCGUGAAAGUGCUUGGUGGGAGGCUGAGUCAAUGCUCGACAUGAUACCCGUCGAAGGCGGCUUUUCCGACGACCCUGCCUUCGGCCAGCCACUCAACCCCUUUGCAUCCAGCUACUCUGCCAAUGCUCCUCACAACGGCAGUGGCUUCUUCCCGCCAAUGGGUGACAAUUUGAGCGUCGGAGAUAGCCGGGAGAAUCUGCUUGCUCAGGCUGGCGCAGAACGGGCCAAGUCAAUCGCACCAACAAUGGCACGUACGAUGCACACAGUCGGCGGUGACUACGGCCUUGGGCCCAAGGGCGACGAUCACAAGGACGCAGUCUAUGAUCCCGACCUCGGGCAAUAUGUUGGUGGCAUGGAUCCCGAGCUUGCCGAUCCUCGAAACGUGGAGUCUAAGAAGACGUCCGUCGGCAGACAAGCUUGGGUGUCUCUUGUCUGGGCGCUCACCUGGUGGAUACCCUCUAUCUUCCUGCGCUAUAUUGGUCGCAUGAAGCGCCCCGAUGUGCGCAUGGCAUGGCGAGAGAAGAUCGUGUUAGUCUUCCUUAUCUUCCUACUGAAUGCCUUCAUCGUCUUCUACAUCAUCGAGUUUGGUAGGCUUCUGUGUCCAAACUUCGACAAGGCUUGGAAUGCAAAAGAAGUCGGCUUCCACACAGGUACAAAUGACUUUUAUGUCAGCGUUCGGGGGAAAGUCUACGACAUCACCAAGUUCUAUCGCAUACAACACAGUGACACGGCUAUUCAAACGAACGCGGAGAAUAUGCUUCCGCUGGCGGGACUGAAUCUUGACGCCUACUUCCCACCACCCUUGAGUCGAGCUUGUCCAGGGCUGAAUGUCGACGAGAGUGUGCAGUUGCAACACAAUGACACCAGCGCUAUUCUCUACCCGAACGCCGUCCACACCUCCGGUCACCUUUAUCAGCCAGAUCAGCAGUCAGCAUUGUAUAGCUGGGAUUGGUACAGCGACACUUUCCUGCCAAAGAUCAACCAAUAUUUCAAAGGAGACCUCGUUGUCUCAAAGGGCAGUAUCAAGAGUCAAGCUGAGAACGACGAUAGGCAGUGGGUGAUCAUCCACCAGAAAAUAUACGACCUCACCGACUAUUUCUACACCUUGAACCUCAUGAAUAAUUUUGCAACUUAUAAGUUCUUCCCCGAGGCGGUGACGGACCUGAUCAGCAGCAAUCCAGGCUCGGAUAUCACGAGCCAGUGGGGAACGGAUGCCGAGUUCGCAAACAGUCUGAACUGUAUGAACAAUGCGUUCUACGUUGGCAAGGUCGACUUCCGAGACACCCCAAGGUGUCAGGUCAACAACUACCUUCUCCUGGCUUUUGCCUUGAUCUUGUGUGUGGUCAUUGGAGUCAAGUUUUUGGCGGCAUUACAACUUGGGUCGAAGCGUCGACCAGCUGCACAGGAUAAGUUCGUUAUAUGCCAGGUCCCCGCCUAUACUGAGGGUGAAGACCAUCUGAGAAAAUCUCUAGAUUCUCUCACAGCCCUUCAGUAUGACAAUAAGAGAAAGCUAAUUUGUGUCAUUUGCGAUGGAAUGAUUGUGGGUGGUGGCAAUGACAGGCCUACGCCUAAAAUUGUUUUGGAUGUCCUUGGUGUUGAUCCCAAGAUCGACCCACCAGCUCUGCCCUUCCGCUCCGUCGGCAAUGGCAAUGAGCAACUCAAUUACGGGAAAGUGUACUCCGGACUCUACGAAUAUGAGGGCAACGUUGUUCCAUAUAUUGUCAUCGUCAAGGUUGGCAAGGAAUCGGAGCAAACAAAGGCCAAACCUGGAAAUCGCGGCAAGCGAGACUCUCAGAUCUUGUUGAUGCAGUUCUUGAACCGUGUCCACCACAGGUCACCCAUGUCUCCUCUCGAACUGGAAAUCUUCCACCAAAUCAACAACGUCAUCGGUGUCGACCCUGAACUGUAUGAGUAUCUACUCAUGGUCGACGCAGAUACCAUGGUCAAAGAAGAUUCGCUCAAUCGCCUGGUCGCCGCCUGUGCCAACGAUGCUAAGAUUGCAGGCAUCUGUGGCGAGACAAGCUUGGAGAAUGAAGAACGCAGCCUAUGGACAAUGAUUCAAGUCUACGAAUACUACAUCUCGCAUCAUCUUGCCAAAGCUUUCGAGUCCUUGUUCGGCAGCGUCACUUGUUUGCCUGGAUGUUUCUGCAUGUAUCGUCUUCGAACCGCUGACAAGGGUCGGCCUCUAAUCAUCUCGGACAAGGUCAUCCAGGAAUACUCGGACUGCGACGUUGAUACUCUCCACAAGAAGAACUUGUUGUCUUUGGGUGAGGAUCGAUAUCUUACGACGUUGAUGACCAAGCACUUCCCUUCGAUGUCCUACAAGUUUGUCCCCGACGCUUACGCCCUCACUGCCGCACCGGAAUCUUGGUCCGUCUUGUUAUCGCAGAGAAGACGUUGGAUCAACUCGACCAUUCAUAACCUUGCCGAGCUCGUCUUUUUGAAAGAUCUUUGUGGUUUCUGCUGCUUCUCGAUGAGAUUUGUCGUCUUCAUUGAUUUGUUUGGUACCUUGAUCCUUCCCGCCACCUGCACCUAUCUCGGCUACUUGAUUUACAGAGUCGCGUCACAUUCCGGCCAAUUUCCUCUGAUUUCGAUUGUGAUGAUUGCUGCAGUGUAUGGCUUACAAGCGGUGAUCUUCAUCAUCAAACGACAAUGGCAGCACGUGGGAUGGAUGCUCAUUUACAUAUUGGCAUAUCCCAUUUACAGCUUCGUCCUACCGAUCUACUCGUUCUGGAAUCAAGACAACUUUUCUUGGGGUAACACGAGAAUUGUUAUUGGAGAGAAGGGUGACAAAAAGGUCGUCGCCAUUCAAGACGAAGGCUUCGACCCCCGGUCGAUCCCUCUUCAGAGGUGGGAUGACUACGCCACAGCCAACAACCUGCCAGGCCGUCGUGGAAAUCCUGGCGCAUACCCAGAGAAAGGGUUUGAGUAUGGCUACACUGACGACCCGGCGAUGAUGGAAAUGGACGACAUGCAGUCAAGCUACUCUUCCGUGAAACCAGCCAGCACGAUCCUGGCUGGCUUCCCUCAGCAAUCAGCGCCAUAUAUGGCACCGCCUCGAUCAACGACGCCGUUUACCGCGAUGCAAAAUAACCGCGCCAGCACCAUGACUGGCCUCACACAGUUCAAGGAUCAACCGCUCAGCCUGCACGGACGGAACAUGAGUAUGAUGAGCCUGGGCAGCCAAAUGCGACUGAAGUCCCCGUCGCCCGUGCCACCAUACCAGGAUAACCCGCGCAGCCGCAGCCCGUACCAACAGGGAGGCAUGCAACAUUCGGUCAGCAGACCCAGCCUGUUAGGCGUGGCGGGCAUGACGAGCAGUCGGCCAGCAUCUACGGUGAUGGAUUUCCGCACCGUUCCUUCGGCGGGACCCAGUGAUCAUGACAUUGUCGAGGCGAUCCGCGCGGUAUUGGCCGAGGUGGAUCUCGACAAGGUCACCAAGAAGCAAGUCAGGGCGCUGGUCGAGCAGAGGCUUCAAUGCGAGGUGCCUGCUGGCGAGAGACGGGCGUUCCUGGACAAAGCAAUUGACGGCGAACUGGCCAACAUGUAA